AUGGCUGUCCCCCCUGGAGGUGCUCCCCAAUUGGACUCUGCCAAAAUGCAGGCGGUGCAAGACCUUGAGAUUGAAAUGAUGUCGGACAUGUACUCGCGAAUGACGAAUGCUUGCCACAAAAAGUGCAUACCGCCAAAAUACAAAGAGGCUGACCUGGCAAAAGGCGAGGGCGUCUGCAUAGACAGGUGCGUGGCCAAAUACCUGGACAUCCACGAAAGGGUCGGCAAAAAGUUGACUCAGUUGUCCAUGCAAGACGAAGACUUUGUUAAGAAAAUGCAAGGCUAGCAUCAAAAGUAAUUCGUUACUUAGUGUUAUUCAAUGAUAAUUAGAAUGUUCGAAAGCUAUCAUUUCAAUUAUCACGGGCUCCAAGUUUUCACUGUCUGCCGAGGGAACGUGAUAUUUUCAUUUCAUCGAGAACUUGGUUUUUAUGAAAAUUAAAGUUUUGUGUUCUUACAAGUUCACAAAAUUGUUUUUAAAUUUAGUGUGAAUUCCCCACAUUAAAUAUCCAAAAUACAUAGCACAAACAAAAA